AGAUCAGAUGAAACCCGGAAAAAAUAAACAGCCAAGAAGCAUAAUAUUGAUAAAGCAUAUGAAGACAGCUCCGUAGAAAUUACCCCUUUGAUCUUCUUCAUCAACCCAGAAAACCCAGAUAUUUUGCUUUGGUGUGGGUAUUGAAUAUGAAGAGUAGAAAGAGAGAGCACGAGAAAUAUAUGAAUGGAGACCCUAUCGAUCAUGGGCUGGACUGGUAAUAUAUUAUCACCGGCCCAGUGGUAUCUCAUCACCCGUGUUUCAAAGUUCGCCAUUAACCUAAAUUUGUUCUCCCAUUUCAGUUUCUUGCUUCAUGCAGGUAGAACACAUGGAAGUACGACUAAAAUAAGAUAUACUAUCCGAGGUCAGACGAUCUGGUGGCCGUAUGCUUUUACACCUUGAGGAGUAUAACCCUUCGCUAAACCAAUCCAGUGUCAUAGGAUACUUGGAAAACAUCUUUGCAGAUGAUGUGAACACUCCAGCGAAGUAUAUGCUUCAUUGAAAGAUGAGGGUUACAAUAUUUCCUAUGGGGAGAAUAUUCCCAUUAACCAAAGAGAGAAUGGCUUUAGCUUCAGAUGUGGAUGCAAUCCAAUACUGCAUCAAUGACUAUGCAGGUUCUGACCUUUUUGUGUCACAUACGGGAUUUGGAGGAGUUGCAUAUGCAAUGGCUAUCACUUGUGUCAGAAUUGGUGCAGAAAUUUUUUUUAUAUCGAAGGAUCUACAAUCUUUGGUUAGAACGAAUGCAUCGUAUACAGUCGAAGAGGAGUUGCCUUCUCGAUCUCCUGAUGAAGAACAGAAGUUCUAAGAAUGGGUGACUACCGUGACAUACUAAGCCUUACGAGGGUUCUUGUUUAUGGUCCCAAAAGCAAAGCAGACGUUGACAGAGUUAUUGAAAGGUGUGCAGGUGCAGGGCAUUUACGGGAAGAUAUUCUUUAUUAUAGUAAGGAACUUGAGAAGUUCCCUGAUGCUGAUGAUGAGCAACGAGCGAACCUAAUGGACAUGGGUGUUAAAGCUCUAAGGAGAUACUUUUUCCUCAUCACAUUCAGGUCCUACCCUACUGCACUAAACCAGCUGAAAUCAAAUCCAAAUCAUGGAUGAAUGCCAGGCCUGAACUAGGACACUUAUGUAACAACCUUAGGAUCGAUAAGUAAAUCACCAGAAAUGCUUGUAAUAUUUGUAUUUAUGUACAGUUGGCAAUGAAUUGCCUGUUAUAGUUUGUCGUCAAUCCAAUAUCAAGGUAUGAGUGCCUUUGGAUCCCUUCAGAUUUCAUCUAAGGGAUCACAUGUGGGUUCCAUGAUCAGAACCUUCCUUUCACAUAUUGUUGUUGAAUUGUGAUUUAUAGUAAAUAGAGUUUGCAAUCAGGUUGCUUAACUUG